UGUUUUGGAGCCUCUGAGUCUGCCAGAAAAUCCAGGUGGUGUUGCUGCUGUAGAAAGUUCUCCCUAUGUGCCUUGUAUUUUCUGCAAAGAAUGCUAUCUCUUAGCAGAACAAAACCAUCUCCUGAAGCACAUGAUUAUUGAACACAAGCUUGUCAUAGCAGAUGUGAAACUGGUUGCAGAUUUUAGAAGAUACAUCUUAUACUGGAAGAAAAGGUUUGCAGAACAACCCAUCACAGACUUUUGUAGUGUGAUAAAAACUAAUUCAGAAGCUCCAUUAGAAGAACAGGACAAUUAUUUUCUUCUGUGUGAUGUUUUACCAGAAGACAGAUUACUUAGAGAACAGCUUCAGCAGAAGAGACUGAGAGAAAUUCUAGAACAGCAACAGCAAGAGAGAUACGACACAAAUUUUCAUAGUACGUGUAUGUUCUGUGAUCAGGAAUUCACAGGAAACAGAUCUGUCCUGCUCAAUCACAUGGCAAGAGAGCAUGCUUUUAACAUUGGGCUGCCAGAUAACAUUGUGAAUUGCUACGAGUUUUUGGCUGUAUUACAGGAGAAGCUCAACAAUUUGCAGUGUUUAUACUGUGAAAAAGUCUUCAGAGACAAAAACACGCUUAAAGAUCACAUGAGAAAGAAGCAGCAUCGCAGAAUCAAUGCCAAAAACAAAGAAUAUGACAAAUUUUAUGUCAUUAAUUACUUGGAAUUUGGGAAGUCCUGGGAGGAAGUGCAAUCAGAGGACGACCGGGAAUUGCUAGAUAACCUAGAAGAAGACUGGUCUGACUGGGAAGAGCAUCCUGUGUGUGCAGUUUGCCUGUUCUGUGAACAACAAGCAGACACCACAGAAAAACUGUAUCUUCACAUGCAGAAAUCACAUGGAUUUGACUUUCCUAAAAUAAAGUCAGAGCAUGGUCUGAACUUUUAUCAGCAAAUAAAGCUAGUGAACUUCAUCAGAAGAGAAAUCCAUCAUUGUCGUUGUUACAUCUGCCAGGAGAAAUUUCAGUCUAAAGGAGGAUUGAUAAGUCAUAUGGAAGAGACCAAACACAUUACAUUCCUGCCCAUCAGAUCUACAUGGGAUCAACCACAGUAA